CUAAUUUUCUUUUUUGCUUUCUUCCUUCAGUUAUCUACGCAGAGUGAAGUCAUCACAAGAGUCGUUCAGAGACUGUGUGAAAAAAGAAAGAAGAAUGUCCUCGCGUAUGGAUACUCCUUACUGGACGAAAACAGUUCUCGCUUUCAAAUCAUGCCAUCUUCAAGUAUAUACAGCUACCUACCCAACACUGCGACAGAAACGAUUCGUAUCAGCGGCCUGUGGGAAACGCUGCUGAGCAGGAUAGGGGAUGAUGUGAUGAUGUAUUUAUUGGAACACUGUGCAAUCUUUAUGCUGGUUCCCCCUAGUAAUUGUUACCAAGUUUGUGGGCAACCGGUUUAUGAACUUAUUUCACAUAAUCUAGACUCAUCCCCAGUGUUUGUUAAACAAAGGUUUUCAAAGCAUAAACGUAGCAGCUUGCUUGACUAUAUGCAAAAAAGGCUUUUGUUUCAUAGGCAGUAUCUUUCAAAAUCGCGUUGGUGGAAAUGCAGACAGAGACUUGAAGCUAAUGUCUCCGGCUUGGGAAAUAAAAAAAAUGGCAAGAUGCAAAGCUUAGUGUCCACUGACUGGUAUUCUGCAAAAGCUGUUUCUAAAGCAAGCAAGCAGAGCAGAAUGGUUACUGAACAUCUGGAAAACCAGACUAGCUCCAGUUUGUAUUUGUCAGCUACGGCACCGUCUUUAAAAAGGAAGCUUGGUAGGGAACAACUAGAAAUUCCAGCUAAGAGAGCAAAAGUAGAGGAGAGAGAGGAGAAGGCUUGUGAUCUCACUCCUGUUGUAAACCAAAGUAGUUCCAAGAGGUGUGGAACUGGGUAUGUAGCAUCGCAUUCUGUAAGUCUCAUUAAAAAACCCCACGUUUCUCAAAGAAGUAACAGUGAUAUGUCUGGUCCUUCUUUAGUUCACACAUCUUGUGACGGGAAGAAGUUUGUGGCAGGUGAAGGCUCUUUCCUGCAAGGAGUUCAGACUAACAAACCUGUAAAGUCCAGCACUGAAAUGCAAGCAGAAUCCUGUAGGAAAGAAGUAGACAUGCAUAUGUGUGAAUCUCAGUUGGAUUCUGUACAAAUCAAACCCAUGGAGGGUGUUUCUUCAAAAUGCACAAGGCGGGAAAGUCCCCUAGCUCGUUUGGCAAAGAAGCUACCGAAUACACUCUUGCGUUCUGCAGUAUACAUUGACAGGAAGUUUCUUCUGUAUUCUCACAGGAGUUUCCAGGAAUGUUUUCCUAAAUCGUUCUUACUGAAUCGCUUGCAGGGCUGUCAGGCAGGUGGAAGACGGCUUAUAGAAACUAUAUUCUUAAGCCAAAAUCUGGUGGAGCAAAAGCACAACCAAAGUCUGCCACAUCACAACUGGAGAAAGAAGAGGUUGCCCAAACGCUACUGGCAAAUGAGACAGACAUUUCAGAAACUGUUAAAGAACCAUGGAAAGUGCCCUUAUGUAGUUCUCUUGAAAAAAAAUUGCCCUGUCUGGAUAUGUGAAACCAGUGUGAGAAAAACUGAGCUGCCUUCUCAGGCAGCCUUGCCUGGGGAAGCAGAGGUUCACGAGCAAGCAGAACACAGGCGUGAAUCUGGUCACGCUGAUGUGCCAGACAGCUUCUGCGCUCCUCCUGCAAAGUCUGUGCGUGGGGAGUCGCAGAGCGAGGAGCAAAGCCCAGGAGAGGUGUGCGAUUCAGCCCUCGGGGAGCUCCUCAAGCAGCACAGCAGCCACUGGCGGGGAUGGGUGAGGGAGUGCCUGGAGCGGGUCGUCCCCGCUGAGCUUUGGGGUUCAAACCAUAACAAGUGCCGGUUCUUAAAAAACGUGAAAGCGUUUAUUUCCAUGGGGAAGUUUGCUAAGCUUUCCUUGCAGGAGUUGAUGUGGAAGAUGAGAGUGAAUGACUGCGUGUGGCUUCGUCUGGUCAAAGGUGAUCACUUUGUUCCUGCCUAUGAACAUUGUUUCCGUGAAGAACUUUUGGCUAAAUUCCUAUACUGGCUGAUGGAUACCUAUGUUGUUGAGUUGCUCAGAUCAUUUUUCUAUAUCACCGAGACCAUGUUCCAGAAAAACAUGCUUUUCUACUACCGAAAGCUUAUUUGGGGCAAGUUACAGAACAUUGGAAUUAGAAACCAUUUUGCCAAAGUACAUCUACGCGCUUUAUCUUCAGAGGAGAUUGAAGCUGUCCGUCAAAAAAACAACGUUCCUGUGGCAUCAAAGCUCCGUUUCAUUCCCAAGGCAAAUGGGUUAAGACCCAUAGUAAAAGUGAGCGGUGUUGUUGAAGCACGAGCAUUCAGCAGGGAAAGCAGAGAAAAGAAGAUGCAUCACUACAACACUCGACUGAAAAACCUGUUUAGUGUGUUAAAUUAUGAACGGACCAUAAACACCAGUUUUAUCGGCUCUUCAGUGUUUGGGAAGGAUGAUAUCUACAAGACCUGGAAGAAGUUUGUGACAAAGGUUCUUGAAUCGGAUGGCGAAAUUCCUCAUUUCUACUAUGUAAAGGCUGAUGUGUCCAGGGCUUAUGAUACCAUUCCUCACAAUAAACUUGUGGAAGUGAUAUCACGGAUCUUAAACCCUGAGAAAAGAACUGUCUACUGCAUACGGCGCUACGCCGUGAUUAUGAUUACCACAAGUGGAAAAGCCAGGAAGUUCUAUAGGAGACAUGUUUCUACUUUCAAGGAUUUUAUGCCAGACAUGAAGCAGUUUGUGUCCCAGCUUCAGGAGAACGCCUCAUUGCAAAAUGCAAUAAUAGUUGAGCAGAGCUUAACUUUUAAUGAGACAAGUUCCAGUCUGUUUACUUUUUUUCUUCAAAUGAUACAUAACAACAUCCUGGAGAUUGGGAGCAGGUACUACUUGCAGUGCUGUGGGAUUCCACAGGGCUCCAUUUUGUCGACCUUACUUUGCAGUUUAUGCUAUGGAGACAUGGAAAACAGAUUGCUCUGUGGAGUACAGCAGGAUGGAGUCUUAAUACGUCUCAUUGAUGACUUUUUGCUGGUUACGCCACAUUUAAUGCAGGCAAGAACUUUUCUAAGGACUCUAGCAACAGGUAUUCCUGAGUAUGGCUUUUUAAUAAACCCCAAUAAGACAGUCGUGAAUUUUCCUGUUGAUGAUAUCCCAGGAUGUUCCAAAUUUAAACAGCUGCCAGAGUGUCGUUUGAUCCCAUGGUGUGGUUUAUUAUUAGAUAUACAGACACUUGAGGUUUACUGCGAUUACUCCAGUUACACCUGUACUUCUAUCAGAUCAAGUCUUUCCUUCAAUUCAAGUAGAACAGCCGGGAAAAACAUGAAAUACAAAUUGAUUACAGUCCUCAAACUGAAAUGCCAUUGUUUAUUUCUUGAUUUACAGAUCAACAGCCUUAGAACAGUUUUCAUUAACAUCUACAAGAUAUUUUUACUCCAGGCUUACAGGUUCCAUGCCUGUGUUCUCCAGCUUCCAUUCAAUCAGCAAGUCAGAAACAAUCCCUGUUUCUUCCUAAGAAUCAUCUCUGAGACUGCAUCAUGCUGCUAUUCUAUCCUGAAAGCAAAAAAUGCAGGGGUUGCUUUAGGUAACAAAGGUGCAUCUGGCAUGUUCCCUUCUGAGGCAGCAGAAUGGCUCUGCUACCAUGCCUUCACUGUCAAACUGGCAAACCACAAAGUUGUUUACAAAUGCCUGCUUAAGCCCCUAAAAAUCUGUAAGAUGCAGCUAUUCAAGAAGAUCCCAAAGGAUACUAUGGCACUACUGAAGACAGUGACAGAGCCGUCUCUUUGUCAAGAUUUCAAAGCUAUCCUGGACUAACCGGUUGAAGUUUAUUUCAGAAUUUUUCCAGGUUUGAAAAUAAAUGCUGUGUCUUUAGAUGGCUUUUCUCUGUCGUUUAUUUUGGUAGAGUGGACUGAAAGCAACUUCUCUCUCCAGUUUUCCAUGUUUGUUUCUCACAAACCGCACAAAGACUGACAAGAGCAGACAAUUCUGUUAAUACUUCUUGUUUGUGUUUGCCUGUAAAUUCACAGGCUAUUUGAAAUAAUUGACUUUGAUUCAUUCAGUAGUUUCCAUCUUCUUGAUGAAGGCAUCAUUAAACUAUGUUCUGUAUGAACAGAUCACUUUCUUCUUUCAGUGUGUUGGUUCGAAAGAACUGUUCUUUGCUUCUCUGUGUUGCAGACUAUUUUAAAAUAAAUUGUCUGGUUAGUUGC